AUGGUGUUGCACUACAUCUCCACCCUCCCGCUAUACGUUAUGCAGGUCGAGUUUGCUAUCGUGAAUUGGAGGUUCACUGCCGUACCCCAUGCCAUGGAUGGGUUGCGCGUCACCCUCUGCUCUUCACGCAGAGCCGUGCUUUCCGUUCUGUGGUGCAGCCUCAUCGUGCUAUGCCUCCUCCUGGCCAUUGGCUUCUUCUUCGUCACCACGGACAGGAAGAUCCAGAUUAUCCUCCGUGCGCAUGAGCUGCAAAACCAAAUGCUGGGGACGGUGCCUUCCCUCGUGGCGCAGAGCAGUACCGAGGCUCUUUCCGAUUUCUUGCGGGAGCAGUUGCCAGGAUGUAACGUGGGGCUGACGUUGUGGCUCCUUAAUCCUUGGGCAAAGGUUGUUUGCUUGGUCCUAUGGGUCAAUCUGAUGGUCUUUGGGCUGUUUUAUUUCCGAAUUGCCGUCGAUGGACUGCAAGGGAAUCUUCCUGUGCGAUGA